UUCUAGAUAAGAUUGACAAAUAUUUAUGAUUCAAUGUAAUUUUGUUUGUAAUUAAAGGUGGACAUCGGGGAAACUAUGGCCACUGAAACAUUUUCGGGAUCCAUAAAAGACUUGCCGACGCCAUGUUUCCUUGUAGAUAUUGACAAGGUUAAAAGGAACUGUUCUCGUAUGAUAAAGCGAUACAGAGAUGUAGGGGUGGAACUCCGGCCCCACAUGAAAACUCACAAGACUAUAGAGGGCGGAGAUUUGAUGACUGGUGGAACUCGUAAAAAGAUUGUCGUAUCCACUCUAGCUGAAGCAGAGUUUUAUGCAAGUAAUGGAUUUGAUGACAUCAUUUACGGCAAACCGGUCAUUGAAUCGAACCUUUACAGGUGCAAGAAGCUGCAGGAGAAGAUCGAACAAUUCCAUUUGUUGUUUGAUAAUGAAAAGGCGAUAGAAGCGCUGGAGAGAAAUCCUUUAGAAAACAAGAAGUGGUCGGUGUUCCUUGAGGUGGAUGUGGGCGGACAUAGGACUGGCGUUCCAUGGGAUAGUGAUAAAGUGGUUGAGUUAGCCAGGUUAGCAUCACAGGCCAAAAAUGUUGAAUUCCGAGGAAUCUACACUCACUGUUCCGAAUCCUAUUCCAAGACCUCGGAUACAGCAGUAAGAAGUCAAGCCGAAACCGACACCAAAAGAUUCCUGGACGUAUGUCAGAGAAUUCGACAAGCUGGCGUACCGGUGGAGACAGUUGGACUCGGAGACACGCCUUGCUGCUCUGUAUUUGUCGACUCUAUGGCUAAACUCACUGAAGUACACCCGGGCAACUACAUAUUUUACGAUACUCAGCAGUUUGGUAUAGGGUCGUGUGCGUUUGACGAUAUCGCAGUACGGGUGGCCACUCGUGUCAUCAGCCAUAAGCCUGAAAUCAAUCAAAUUGUCCUAGACAGCGGCUUUGUGGCACUAAGCCACGAUGGCAUGUACUGCAACCUGCCAAAUGGCAUUGCAGUUUUCCAGGAUCAUCCAGAAUUAAUAAUGAAGAAAAUGUCCCAGGAGCAUGGCUGUGUUUCCGUUAAGUCUGGACAAAUCGACUGUAAUGCUUACCCAAUAGAUUCAAUGCUUUUCAUCUAUCCAUAUCAUGCAUGCGCCACAGCUGCCAACCACCCAGUCUAUUACAUUCACUCUGGAGACAAAGUCCUGGGAGUAUGGAAGCCCGUCAAAGGAUGGUGAAGGAUCAACCAACUACAGGCAGCAUGAACAUAUUAAGUUUAAAAGUCAAGUUUGAACAAUAAAAUUACAGUUCUUUUUAA